CUCCACGGGAAGUGAUGUGGGGCCCGACGGAAAAUACCGCCGAGCACCCAAAAAAGGCCAGCCGCCGUGGACUAGGCGCCCCGAGCUCCUGGGACAGAGCACCGCGGGGACUCAGCAGCCAGUACCGCGGGGACAUAGCACCGCGAGGACUCAGCACCGUGAGGGAGGAUACAGCGUCGGGGGGAUAUAGCUCCGUGAGGACUCAGCACUGGGAGGACAUAGCACCGUGGGGACGCAGCACUGCAGGGACAGGAGAGGACAGGGCACCGGGCCAGCCAGACAAAAGUUAACCCUGUAGAAGAGGAGAUGCGAUUGGAAGUCGCCAGUCGUUGACUGUUGGCAACUCCAGGCUGAAGUUUUAAAAAGUACAGCACACGGUUCUCCACACGGGCGAGUGAAUCACAGUUCUUCAUCAUGUCAGAUGGGGAUUAUGAUUACCUCAUCAAGUUCUUAGCCUUGGGAGACUCUGGAGUAGGGAAGACCAGUGUUCUUUACCAGUACACAGAUGGGAAAUUUAAUUCCAAAUUUAUCACCACAGUGGGCAUUGAUUUCAGGGAAAAGAGAGUGGUGUACAGAGCUAAUGGUCCGGAUGGAGCUAUGGGCAGAGGCCAGAGAAUCCACCUGCAGUUAUGGGACACGGCAGGCCAGGAGAGGUUUCGUAGCCUGACCACAGCGUUCUUCAGGGAUGCUAUGGGUUUUCUUCUACUGUUUGACCUGACGAAUGAGCAAAGUUUCCUCAAUGUCCGAAACUGGAUAAGCCAGCUACAAAUGCAUGCAUACUGUGAAAACCCAGACAUAGUGCUGUGUGGAAACAAGAGUGACCUGGAAGACCAGAGGGCAGUCAAAGAGGAGGAAGCCAGGGGGCUUGCAGAGAAGUAUGGAAUCCCUUAUUUUGAAACUAGUGCUGCAAACGGGACAAACAUAAGCCAAGCCAUCGAGACGCUCCUGGAUCUGAUAAUGAAGAGAAUGGAACGGUGUGUGGACAAGUCCUGGAUUCCGGAAGGAGUGGUACGAUCCAAUGGCCACACCUCUGCAGACCAGCUAAAUGAGGAGAAGCCGAAGGGGGCAUGUGGCUGCUGAGAAACUGAGUCAGCAUCGCCGCAGUUCAGGGGGCUCUUGUCUGUGAGCUCUGCGGCUGACACAUUGCACAGAGAGAGUAACAGGCUUUGUGCGCUGCCUGUUUCUUGGCAUUUCAUUAGACAUUAACACAGCAUCCAGUUUUUAAAUGAUUACAGUCUUAUAAAUAUUUCUCUAAGAUUUAGUCUGAGAAUUAGGAGAUCUAUUUCACAGAGCCAAAAGUGCCGUAUAAAACCUCAGCCCCGUGGUGGUGGGUCAUUCAAGGAUUCAGGCUUUUGCAGCCACAAAGAUGUGCAAAUGCUGACCAUACCAUCACCUGCCUUGACAUGGACAGACCCAGAGUCUCACAUUAAGAUCUCUGAUGCAAUGAAAAAGUUGUCAGGGUCUUGAAUCCAAAUACAAAAAUAAAAAAUCAUUCUAUAAAUGACCUUUUAGAACAUCACUUCCAACCACUUGAAUGUUAAAUAAGAACAUAUAUAUAUAUAUAUAUAUAUAUAUAUAAAUAAAAUCAGGUUGAUGUCCUUGAUGUCCUUUGGCAGUACUUUAAAUGUAAGCAUUCCCUUGAACAUGAGCAUAGACAAAUUAUGGCCUUAUCUGUAGAUACUGGGUAGACUGGACUUAGUGUGACGUGGCGGGGGGCAGGGGUGGCUAAGUAGUGGGAGUAAGUGAAGUCAGGUUUCUGCCCCGUAGCUAUGUUCUCAUGGCACUAGCGCUGGCUGAAGAGUCAGGGUGCCAGAGCUUGUGGAUCCAGUUCCCUGAGAUCCAGGCAUUUGCACUUAGGCUCUUGGUUCUGGCCACGUCUGAACAUAGCUGCUGCUUCUGCUGCAUUUGUGGUAAGAAAAGCUGUAGCUUCUUCUCUACUGUCGGUCUGGCAUCGUCAGGCCCUAGUUUCAGCUAGUUUGUCAACUACUAACGUUCUGUCUGCACCAUCAGGCUCUGUAUUGAUAUUUUUGGAACUGUGUAUUCUAUUGGCUUUUAAUUGAAGAAAAUUCAUCUUUAAUUAUGUAGAAUGUUUACCUUUUGAUGUGAGAUCAAUGUUUUGUGUUCAAGCAACCACAUCUGUAUUCUAGUUGAAGAAAAAGUGCUGAGAAGCUUGUACUUUUCAUUGGGAUAGUGAGCAUAUGCUUACUUGCUGGAUCUUGCCAAGAUCAUGUAUUCUACUAACUGUUGCCAAAGUGUCUCCAUUCCAAAAUAAGGGUGGUUUUAGAAUGUGCUGCAAAAGUCUUAUGAAUUACAGUGGUUUGAAGGAAGUAAAUUUCAGCCAGUAAGAUGGCUCAGGAGGUAAAGGCUCUUGCCACCAAGCCCAAAGACCUGAGUUCAAUUCCCAGGACCCACAAGGACAGAACAGAUUCACCCAGCUUGUCCUUCAACCUGCACAUGCCCCAUGGUGUGUACAUACCCCCCCAUGUACACAUACAUACCAAUAAUAAGUAUAAUUUAAAAGAAAAAUGAAAAUUCCUAAAAAGGUUAGUGACUAUUAGGAAAAAAAUAUCAUUGAUUAUAAUUUAAAAAAUAAAACACGUAUUUUGUGACAGUAAAUGUUUGGCAGAACUAUAAUUAGAAAAACAAGUAUAAUGGCAAAUAAUUACUUCCGUGUGGUAAUUGUCAAAUGAGUUUUUUAUUGAACACCUAUCAUUGCCACUGUCCUUUGACCACUCCAUAUUGAGAUUAGCCAUGGCUGCUAAGAUUCAUCUAGCCUUGAGAUGAAGGAUUCUUUUAAAUACCAAAGACAUGGUUGAAGCCUAUGUGUCUAACUGUGUGGUGAUGUUUCCAGAGCAGGCCCAUAACCACACAGCAGUGCCUUCUAAAGUUUCCAUAAAACUUCAGUGGAAUCUAUUACACAUCAGGACACAUUUUUAUGUCUCUUUUGUAAAUAAAAAUGUCAGUGUUUUCAUAUUGUAGCCAUCAAGAAGUAAAUAUGGAAUAGAUACCGGUAGUAUUGGCUUCAAACGUAGCAUAGGACUGAAUGUAUAAUGUGACAUGCGGCCCACAUGAGAGCCACCUUGAAUGACUGAAAUAUUCUGUAUUCUCUUUGAAAAGCCUUCAGAUUUGAUAUAAAAAUAACUGCUUUUGUGUCAGUGUAUUUUUCUAUGUACAAGUCUGUAAAAGUGAACUCUCUUCAUGAGCCUUGUGCCCAUUGAAUCCUAAUAAAACAGGUCCAGUCUCUUGA